GCUUAAAGGAGCUUUGGUAAGCCAGCUGCACUUCAGGCAAGGCUGCUGGCGGACGAGCGGCGAUAAUAAGAGCGUUGCCGCGUUGCCAAGGCUGCUGUGACGAGCGCUGCAACGGAUGCGCGCGCCGCAGCUCGUCUACACCGCGACGGCCUGUGCAGCACUGCGGGCCGCGGCGGUGCGACGGCUGAGGCCGACGCGCCGCCUCAUCAACAUGCGGGGCCUCGACGCCUUUGCCGCCGCCGCCGACGCGAGCUGGACGCGAGCAUUGAACGCCGACCCCGAAUCCAAGCAGCACGAGCCGAACAAGAGCUCGCGGCGCGUGAAGAGCGGCCACUACGUCCCCGUCGUGCCCACUGCUUUACAAUCGCCGGAGCUCAAAUUGCAUUCGAAAGAACUCUGCGAGGAACUAGGCUUGGCGGAGGCCGACGUCAAAGACGAGCGCUUCGCGCGCUUCUUCUCGGGUGAUGUGGAUGCGCUGAGCCUGGGCGCGACGUGGGCGACGCCCUACGCGCUGAGCAUCAUGGUGCCGACUCAGCGUGAAAUGAACUUGAACCUGACGCGGUCGCGGCGAUGGCGUCCUCGCGAUGCCACCUCGCGUCGAUGUCGUCUUCACGAUCACAUGAGAGUCGACGCGUCGCGUGGAUGUAUGACGGCGUCCGUGCCACACAGGGCGAGCCGCAGACGCGCAACUGCCCCUUCGGCACGGGCGAGGGCUACGGCGACGGGCGGGCCGUGUCGCUCGGCGAGGUUGUUGUAGAUGACAAGCGGUGGGAGCUCCAGCUGAAGGGCGGCGGGCGGACACCGUUCUGCCGGGGCGCGGAUGGCAGGGCCGUUUUGAGAUCUUCUCUCAGAGAAUUUUUAGCGUCGGAGGCGAUGCAUUUUCUCAGAGUGCCUACUACAAGAGCUUUGUCGUUGGUCGUAUCGCGGACGGAAACGACGAAGCGGCCGUGGUACUCGGGCGCGCGCGACGACGCCGUGCCCGCUCCGAGUAUAAGCGAGGACGACCCUCGCUUGGCCAAGUUCCCGCCACAAGUCCGGAAGCAGCUCAUCAGACAAUUGAUGAGGCAGGGCGGCGACGAUCCCGACGUGAUGAUCGAAGAAAGCUGCGCCAUUACCUGCAGGGUGGCUCCUUCUUUCUCGCGAGUGGGCCACGUCGACUUGUUUUCCAGAAGGGCGCGCCAGGACGCCAUGCGGAUGACUGAGUAUGAGAAGAUCGUGCAGCACGUCAUCGCGCGGGAGUACCCGGAAUUACUUGGUGAGGACGCUACUAGAUUGCCCCAAGUCGACGACUUAAAACCGGUCGCCCUGAAGUUCGCCGAAGCGUCUCGAGAGAAACUCGCGUCCCUCGCGGCGAACUGGCUGCGCGUCGGCUUCUGCCAGGGCAACUUCAACGCCGACAACUGCUUAGUUGGAGGAAGGACCAUGGACUACGGCCCCUUCGGCUUCCUGGAUCAAUAUGAUCCUUCCUUCGCGAAAUGGGUGGGGUCUGGCGACCACUUCGCCUUCGCCAAUCAACCUGGCGCUGCUUUAGCGAACUGGGGGACCCUUGUGAGAAGCUUGGCCCCGUUGUUCGAUGACCCGGCGCCUUUACAAGCUUUGCUAGAUGAUGCGCACGGUUAUUUUCAAGCCGCGGUCGACGAUUGUUAUAGACGCAAGCUGGGCUUUCCUGAUGGUGUGGAUGCUUCUGAUAAACCCAAGUCGUUGUGGCGGCGGCUCGAGCCUCAAUUAAGGGGCCUGGACUACACGAUCUUUUUCCGGGAACUGAUGAACUGCGUCGAGGGCGGCGACGCGUCUGUACUAGAGAAAGCGUGCUACGAGCCGCUGACGGAGGAGAAGCGGUCGUUCUUGAAUGAAUGGUUAAAUGACUGGCGUUCCGCAUUGGGAGACACGGCGGGUGUCGCGGAGCGCAUGCGUCGCGAGAACCCCAAACAUAUAUUGAGGGAGUGGAUGCUCGUCGAGGCGUAUGAUGCCGCCGGCGCGGGCGACUGGUCCGUGGCCGAGGAGCUCCACGAAUUGAUCAGAGAGCCGUACGCUGAUAGGGCGCAACUGGACAAAAAGUACUACCGGCGGGCGCCCGAUGCAGCUUUACGGCGGCCGGGGACGGCCUGGAUGACCUGAUCCUCGUAGGUCCCCGUUUGCGUUCUCCACCCCCGCGUGAUAUAUGACGUCGAUGCGCGCUUCGUUGGCGCGUAUUGGCCGAGCCGCGGGGUUUCGGGAACGCACCGUGCUCCUAGUGUCUUAAGGGAGCGUUCGUGUUUUAUGUUGUUUCGUCGCGGCGAUGGCGUCUACUUGGUAGUGUUUUCGCGAGGAAUUUACUUAAUCAGGCGCGAGCACGACGUCCAGCACCCGGUCGUGCGCCUCGCGCGGCACGCGCUCGGAGGACGGAAGCACCUGCGCGCCCAGGCACACGCCGACGGUCGCCGGCCGCGCGACCGCGGCGGCGUCGGCCGCCGCGUCGGCGCGCGCGAGCCAGUUGUCGUAGAAGCCCGCGCCGUGGCCGAGGCGGCCGUUGUCGCAGUCGAAGGCCACGCCUGGCACGACGACGAGGUCCACGCGCGCGUCGAGCGCGUCCUCCCGACUAUCGUCGCGCGGCGGCUCGGCGAUGCCCCAGUUCGAGCGGGGAAACGCGUCAAUGUCCGCCAUGGAGAAGGCCUCGACCAUGGCCAUGUCCCGCGCCUUGACGUCCUCGACGCGGGGCAGGAAGACGCGCUUGUUGGCCGCGAAGGCGGCCUCGAGGAUGGGCGCCGUGUCAAGUUCGCCGGGCAUGCUGCAGAAGGCGCAGACCUUCGUGGCGCUUUUCCAAUUGUCCCGCGCGAAGAGGCGCUGGGCGACGCGGGCGCUCUCGCUCUGGAUUUGAGUAGCUGGCAACGCAGCACAGACUGCCUUGAUGGACCGGCGCAAGGCCUUUUUUGCGGCCAGGAUUUCGACCAUAUUGAGCUAUUACAGCUGCACGGCACUUUUGCACAGCUACACUGGCUUGAGUGUGAACGCUCGUCCAGGCGUCGCAGCGAUGGCGUGCUGUUCUCUGUGCUAUCUGAGGCGCCUCUGCCAGCACGGCUGACCUUCGACGGCCGCCGUAACUCGUGCUUUUGCCGCUGGCAAGUGCUUGCUAGUGUCUUACAACACGCUAGGUGCGGAGCGGACACCCGACGCGUGUACGCGGCACACACAUCGCUGCACGACGCGUGCUGCUAUACACUCCUUCGGACUGGUGACUCGCGCUGUUCGACUCUUUGGGCAUCCAUCGACACCCAGCAGCUCGGUUACACGUGUAGACUGCCAGGUGUCGUUGCUCGGCGUCGCAGAUGCUGCUGAUGCGCCGCGCAACGCGCCUGCAGCGGCGCCACCGCGCGUUCCUCGGCACCCUCGCCCUGGCCCAAGCGCGCGCCCGGCCAAACAUCGUCGUAUCCCCGGCGGACGGCCAACGCGUCGUCGCGCUGGACGGCAGUGCGAGCCUCACGCUGCGCCUCAGCACGCGACGACGCGUCUGCGUCGCGGCGACGCUGCAGGGCCGAGCGCCAGCGCCGGAGCAUUGUUUAGAUGCGCCCCACGGGACGGUCGAUUUGAGCCGUAUUCCUCCAGGAAGGCACCGCUUCGCCGUCCGCGACGAGGCGUCCGGCGACACAGAUGAUAUUAACAUUGUCGUCGUCCAAAAAUCUCCUGGAGAGUUCGUCGCAACAAAAGACUGGCAGCCGACGCACGGCGCGAGCGUCCCCGGCGGCCUCGACGUGCGCCUGCCCCUCGACGGCCGCGCGGCGGCCGCGAAGCUGCCAGACGAAUGGCGCCUGCAGCUCUACAUCGAGGAGCAGAAGGCGUUCUUCAGGGCGGACGUCAAGCCGUCGGACACGGUCGCGGAUAUUGAAGCGGCGCUGGGCCUCUGGGCGACCGUGCCCGCCGUGUUGAGUUAUCGCGGCGGCGCGCCGUUCCACCCCCAAGCGACCGCGGAGAGUCUGGGUUUGUUCGAACAGCGGGGCGACGUCGUCGUGAGCUGGCCCGAGGGACCGCCGGCUCCGCUCGCGGCCGAGACGAGCAAGCCGGCCGCGGCGACGACGGCGCUCGUCGAAGCCUCGAGCCUGUAGUGUACUAAUACAAGUUGUUA